AUGAAUCCGCAGUUGAAACAGAAGAAACACAUUGUUGGAAUACAUUUUGCAGUGGGACCUAAGAUUGGAGAAGGUUCCUUUGGUGUCAUAUUUGAAGGGGAGAAUAUAUUGAAUGAUAGUGACAAUCAGCCGGUGGCAAUCAAGUUUGAGCCGAGGAGGUCUGACGCACCGCAGUUAAGGGACGAGUUCAGGGCAUAUCGUAUUUUGAAUGGUUGUGAAGGUAUACCUCAUGCAUACUAUUUUGGUCAAGAGGGGAUGCAUAAUGUAUUAAUCAUUGAUCUAUUGGGACCCUCACUGGAAGACUUGUUCGAGUGGUGUGGCAGAAAGUUCUCUGUUAAGACAACAUGUCUCGUCGCUAAACAGAUGAUCUCAAGAGUUCGAACAAUUCAUGAACAUGAUUUAAUCUAUAGAGAUAUUAAACCAGAUAAUUUCUUAAUUUCACAGUACCAAAGAGUGAAGAGUGAUGGGGAGUCUGAGAAGAGGAUUGCAAGUUCUGCAAACAACGAUCCUAAUUUAAUAUAUACGGUUGAUUUCGGCAUGGCAAAGCAAUAUAGAGACCCAAGAACAAAACAGCACAUACCUUACAGAGAACGAAAAUCUCUGAGUGGAACAGCAAGGUACAUGUCUAUAAAUACUCAUUUUGGUAGAGAACAAAGUAGGAGAGAUGAUUUAGAAUCAUUGGGACAUGUUUUUUUCUAUUUCUUAAAAGGAUCGUUACCAUGGCAAGGUUUAAAAGCACCAAAUAACAAACUAAAAUAUGAAAAGAUAGGUUUGACAAAACAAAAAUUAAAACCUGAAGAUUUAUUAUCUAAUAAUAUUCCUGUUCAAUUCGCAACCUAUUUAAAAUACGUAAGAAACCUGAAGUUCGAUGAAGAUCCAGAUUUCGAUUAUUUAUUGUCCUUGAUGGAUGAAGUGUUGAAAGGAUACAGCCCGGAAGAGCACUAUGAUUGGAUGGACUUAAAUGAUGGCUGUGGUUGGGAUAUUCAUAUUAAUAAAAGAGCAAACUUGCAUGGUUAUGGUAAUCCUACUCCACGGGCUACAAAUCGCACAAACAAUUCCCAUACAAACAAUAAUACAAAUAUCCGAAUAGCAGAAAGUUCAAAUAAUGUCACACAGUCUGCAAAUGUAACAAAUAAAGAGAACACAUUCAAUAAAGGGUAUUCAAAUAUCAAGGCUAUUUCACAACAAAAUCAUGACUUACAACAACAGAAAUUCACAAUGUCAACAAAGACGAAACAAUAUAAUAAUUUGACACCAAUUAGCUUACCAAAUACAAUCUCAAUUGGUUCAAAAAAACAACUAAUGAAACAUUCAAAUAGAAAUUAUCCAAACAAUGAUUUAGAUAGUGGAAAUACAAAACUUAAUGUGAAUAGCAAUAACAAUCAUGGCCAAUACCAUAGCAUCAAUAAUAACAGUGGACCUGGGUCUUCAUCGCAACAGUAUCUAUUAGACAAUGACUCAACUUACAAUCAGUCAUCGGGAAAUACCUGUUGGUCUUACAUAUUCUGCGGGUAUUGUUGA